AAAAUUGGGUUUCGAAACAAAGAAAAAAAAACUGGUUUGAUGGAUCGAAGAUUCUUGUUCUUAAUUUCGCUGUGUUUACUUGUUCGAUUUUCGCAUGGCAGAAAAGACUCGAUUUUGAGACUGCCCACUGAUGCUGCUUCGACUUCGCUUGAUCCAACCCGCAUCACCCAGUUAUCGUGGAUUCCCAGGGCCUUUUUGUAUAGAAAGUUUUUGACAGAUACAGAGUGUGAUCAUCUCAUAUAUCUGGCCAAAGAUAAGUUGGAGAAGUCAAUGGUAGCUGAUAAUGAAUCUGGAAAGAGUGUAGAGAGUGAAGUCAGGACGAGUUCUGGCAUGUUUCUUUCGAAGGCUCAGGAUGAUAUCAUUGCAAAUAUCGAGGCAAGAAUUGCUGCCUGGACUUUCCUUCCGAUAGUGAAACCACAAAAAGGAGAUGCACUAUUGUUCUUCAGUCUCCACCCGAACGCCACAACUGACCCGACCAGCUUGCACGGCAGCUGCCCAGUCAUCGAGGGCGAGAAGUGGUCCGCCACUAAGUGGAUUCACGUUAGGUCUUUCGAUAAACCGUCAGACGAUUCGUCAGACGACUCGUCAGACAAUGGUGAUUGUGUCGACAAGCACCCUAACUGUGCCAUGUGGGCCCUCAGAGGCGAAUGUAAGAACAAUCCCCUAUACAUGCUCGGCUCAGAAAAUGAAGUGGGCUACUGUAAGAAAAGCUGCAAAGCAUGCUCGACUUAG